AUGUUCCUCCUCGCUCCCGUUGCAUGCCUCGCCACCGCAUUCAUCUCCGCGCCGUACGGCCGACACGUGCGACCCGGCUGGGGACCGUUAAUCCCCGCGCGGCUCGCGUGGAUCGUCAUGGAAAGCCCCGCGCUUUGGCUCUCCGCCAUGGUGUUCAGUUGGGGCUGGCACGGCUGCCACGUGGCAGAUCGGACGGCGGGAUCAACGGCGGGUGCGACGGCAGCGGUAGCGGAGGCGGCGGAUGCGGCGCCGGUGGUUAUGGCGUUUUUUCUGGUGCAUUAUUUUCACCGGGUUCUGAUUUACCCGAUGCGGAUGCGAGCGGAGGGCAAGACGAUGCCGCUGACGGUGAUGCUGCUGGCGUUCUGCUACAACCUGCUCAACGGAUUCAUGCAGGGCUGGCGAGUGGGAGGCGCUGGGAAGUAUCCUCUGUCAUGGCUCUCUUCAAUGCAGUUUCGCAUCGGCUCCUCGCUGUUCCUCCUUGGUUUCAUCACCAACAUUGCUGCCGACUCCGCUCUUCUUGCCCUAAGAAAAAGCCCUCAAGACAAAGGGUACAAAAUUCCUAGAGGGCCGCUUUUUCACCUGGUUUCUUGCCCAAAUUACUCGGGAGAGCUGGCGGAGUGGCUGGGGUGGGCCAUAUUGACGUGGUCUUUUGCUGCUCUGGCCUUCUUUGUGUUUGCAUGUGCCAAUCUCGUGCCGCGUGCAGUUUCCCACCAUAGGUGGUACUUGCAGAAAUUUGACGAUUAUCCCAAACGACGAAAGGCAGUUAGGUUUACCGUGGGGAUACCGACCAGGGGUUGUCCAGGGGGGAAGGUUCGCAGCGGCUUCGCGUCUCCUGGUGGUUGCGCGUUACAAGAAAUCGCCGCAAUGCCGCCGAAGACGGCGCAGGAGCUUCAGGCGGAGCGGCUGAAGCAGAAGGGAAACGAGUACUUCAACAAAGGGUUUCUCGGAGCAGCUAUAGACGCGUACACGGAGGCCAUCACCUUUGCCCCAGGCGUGCCAGUCUACUGGACCAAUCGAGCUCUGUGCCACAGAAGGAAAUGUGAUUGGCCGAGAGUAGAGCAUGACUGCACAAAGGCUUUGGAGCUGGAUAGAAAUUCCGUCAAGGCGCGCUUCCUUCUUGGCCUGGCCCUGGUGGAGCUGAGCCGCUUCCCAGAAGCGAUCAGAGAGCUGGAGAAGGCGCUAGAAGCACUGAGGAAUGACACGCGGCUGGUACGCAGUGACAAUCUGGGCGACAUCUGGAGAGUGCUAGCUGCUGCCAAGUACCGGCGGUGGGAGGAGGAGGCCAAGGCGAGGAGAGAGAAGCAGCAGGCGCUGGGGGAGGAGCUGAAGCUGCUAAUGAAGAACCGCCUGUGCCAACAAGUAUCGCAGCUUCUUGGCAAAGAGGGCGCGCUGAAUGGAUCGACUCAUAUUGACUUCACCAGCCUUGGCAAUACAGACGGUUUAGACCCUCACAAGUCGGAGCAAGUGAGAACGCUAGUGCAGCAGUACCAGGAGCGACUCAACACACUGGAAAACGUGUUCGACAAGGCAGGGGCGCCAGACAGACCCACUGAGGUGCCUGACUUUCUUUGCUGCAAGAUCACCAUGGACAUUUUCAAGGACCCCGUCAUCACUCCCAGUGGCGUGACGUACGAACGAGCAGUGCUGGUCGACCAUUUGAAAUCUGGCAAGCACUUUGACCCAGUGACGAGGGCCCCCUUGACGCCAGAGCAGCUGGUGCCGAACCUUGCACUCAGAGAAACAGUGCAACACUUUCUAGAUGAACAUGGGUGGGCGUACAAUCUGCAAUAA